AUGGAAUUGGAGAACUACCAAUUCACGUUCUCCACGCAAGACGGCUUCUCAGCGUUUGCAUGGGAGUAUGAGCCUCUUUCAUCGGGCUUAGAUCUACCACCUACCGGAGCAUGCGAGACGACUGACGAGGGCGCCAUGGAAGGGCACCUUGCUCUCGCAUACAACGAAGACGCUUCAGAAUCGCCGGGAGCAUCUUCGCUCACGUCUGGAGACGCAGAACGUUUGCUAGACACGCAGACAAUCGCGUCGCCAUCCGGAGUCUCCCUCGCGCAUGCCUCUGACCACGCCGGCCAGUCGUCUUCUCCGGCCAGUCGCGGGCCAGCUAUCCCCUCCGCCAGCAGCUCCUCGGCCACACGAUCGCGCGGGAUCGUCUCUGACGCUGUCGCUGGCCCCUCGCGGCUCGUACCAGUCGCGCCGCGGGAGACGGGGGUUCAGGUCGAGGCUCCCACGGUCAAGGAGCUACGGAGGAGCAGCCGGAAGAGGACCGCACCUACUAACGGCUGCGCCGAGGCCGCUCCCUUGCCCGCACCUUCUCAGAAGAAGCGGAAGGCUGACAAGGGGGCCGCUUCGAAGACGGGACGACCAGGUGCUGCAUCUGCCUCUACCCACGCGGAACAGGAGGGACCGGUCGCGGGACCGUCUCGCCAGGCCACAUUGACGGUCCCGAAGCCUUCGGGGAGAAGGGCGCGUUCGGUCAACGCAGCCUCCAAGGACACAAAGGCCAAGCGAUCGCGACGUACCCGCGCCGAGGUCGAUAUGCACAAGGUUGCGGAAAUGCCGUCGCACGCUUGCGACGUUGACGGUUGCUCGGGGUCCUGGAACCCGUACACACACAAGGACAACAAGAAGCAUCUCGAAAAACACUUCCACGCGGCAGAUCUGGAGGGCGACGCGAAUCUGGUGUGCGUCUUCGAUGUGUGCCAAACGCCCGUUCCAGGGAAGGACCUGCUCCAGCAUAUGGAGAUUCACCACAUCGGCCUCCCGUACCUCUGUCCGAUCCGGUGCGGCUGGAAGUCGUGUCGCUCGAGCUACCAGAAGCAACACAUGGACGACAUGCAUGAGGGAGUCCCUUGGGUCUAA